CGCCGCCCCGUUAUACGGAAAACCAGAGGGAAUAAACACCGAUUGAGCAACACAGUAAUGUUAUGGCUGCUGAAGGAACAGUCUUGUCUGUAUUAGAAAGGUUCUGUGAAGCUGGUUAUUGCUCCAUGUAUUGACACCCGGUGAUGAUUUGUAGGACCAGGAGCGCCUUCAGUAACGGAUGCGAUUUAACAAGCCACACAUGAUUCCCGGAACAGAGGUCACAAGAAGGACCACCGCUACCCACUAAAGUGUCUGUAAAUGUGUGGGAUACUUUAGUCAUGGCUUCAUCCGUGAGCGGCACAGAGGAGGUCCGAGUCUCGACGCUGACUCCGCUGAAGUUGGUGGGACUGGUGUGCGUGUUUCUCGCUUUGUGCUUGGAUGUCGGAGCCCUACUGAGCCCGGCGUGGGUCACGGCUGAUGAUCAGUACUACCUGUCCAUGUGGGAGUCCUGCUGGAAGCCCGUCAGCUCCGCGGUCUGGUCCUGCAACAGCACACUUGCCACCGACUGGCAGAUCGCCACGCUGGCCCUGCUGUUGGGGGGAGCGGCCCUCACCCUGCUCUCCUUCCUUGUGGCCAUGAUCUCCCUGUGCUUCAGCUCCAGGAGUCGCUGUUACAAGCCUGUGGCUGUCAUGCUGUUCUCUGCAGUGGUGCUCCAGGUUUGCAGCUUGGUCCUGUUCCCCAUCAAGUUUAUAGAGACCGUCAGCCUGAGGGUGUACCAUGAGUUUAACUGGGGCUACGGCCUGGCCUGGGGAUCCACCAUCUUCUCUUUUGGAGGAGCCAUCCUCUACUGCCUCAACCCCAAAAACUAUGAAGACUACUACUAAAUAAAGAAGACGCAUCAAGGCUCUGCUCUACCCAGGGUCAUCUCAGUAGUACAAACUUUCUAUCCGUUAUACAGUGCACAACCAGAGAAUCAUAAUAAAAGAUAUAAGCAAAGCUUACCAUUCAUUUCAGGACUGGAACCUUUGAUACUGUGAAUUUAUUGACUCAGACAAUCUUCACUUAUCUGGACUGAAACCUGGGAUCUUUUUUAGCAACAAACUGUUUUCAAAAGAAAUCCAAAGCAGGCUGUUUAGCACAGAGAGCAUGUCACCUCCCAGAUAUGCCUGCGUCCCCUUUAAGUGAACCUCCAGUAGGUCUUAGUUUGGGCAGAGAAUCUGAAGAGAACAGAUGGAUUCACUGACCCCUUACCAGGACAAAAUGAUGGAAAAAGUAACCAAUCGGAGCAGAGGGCGAAAAGAACAAUGUGAACGCGGACAAAUCAGGAAGUUGUCGAAUCUAGGGAGGACAAAAAUCCCAUUGAAGUGACAUCCUGACGAUGACAAAGCAAGGAAGUGUGACAGGCUACUUCUCCCCAGAGAUGCAUUACAUCUGGAACUUGGCCUUGCCCUCUUCCUGCUGCCAAGAGGAAUACAUUGUUAAAUAAGUCAUGAAGAUCCGAAGGACUGUCCCACUUUUGCUAUUUUCGAUUUCUGAAAGGGUCUGAGAUGGUGAUGAUAAACAGAAACUACCUAAGACAGCAAAGCAUUCUACAGCCAUCUUCUAAAUAAUAACAUACUGGUGAGAGGAAUAUGAGUUGGUAAUAAAUAGCACAGUGUAAGUCACAUGUAAGAAGUGGCUACAAUUGUAAACCUGCAGUAUACCCCAAAUUAUACCUACACUUUGAUUGAAUGAAAUGUUGUAUUAUAUGUAUGUACAGCAUAAAGUCAUAUUCAUUACAAGACCAGUGGUGGGGUGGGGGGGAGAUGGCAAAUGACCAUGUCUGCUGUCGAGUGUGCACCCAUGCCUGCAUGAUCAUACCACCCAGCAUGUGCUCGCACACCACCCCAUGUGAUGCCUCCUUAUCUCCUCCAUCUGUAGGAAACAGGAAAGCUCUCAGUAGAAAAAGAAUACAAAAGUAGAUUUUUCUGUUUCAGUUAGGGAGACGCUGUAGCAGAAUAUCUUUGUAGCCACUGAAAAAUUCAGUGAAAUAGUUCCUGAAUAAGGUUCCCAACGAAGCACUUCAAGAGAUGUGCUGUGCAUGAGUAAUGUUAUUAGGACUGACUGGACCGCUCAUGAAGAGAAAAUUGAGAGUUUUGAACCUGAAAGAAGUAGGGAUGCACCGAUCCUACUUUUACCGAUCCGAUACCGAUAUCUGGGCUUUGGUAUCUGCCGAUACCGAUACUAGCCGAUCCGAUCCUGGUAUUGAUUUAACAAUCUCUAUUCCUUAAUGUGAGGAUAGAAUCAUGUUUUGGCAACUUCAGGCUUUUCUGACUUGAUGGUGAACUGUACCUGGGUUCCAAGUGCUAAACCAGAGGCUGGAAUCCCUUAAUUUCUAGGAUCCGGAACAAUUAAAUCCAAAAACCUGUCUGCUUUUUCACACUUUGAAUCCAUUAAUAGGAGGUUUCUUCCUUCUUUGAAGUAGGCUACAGCUCACGUAAACUUCCUCCUUUGGGCUCCCAUUAAACUUUUCAGUGCAACUGCCAUCCGUCAAAACAUGAGCAAUGCGCAUGUUACAAGUCUCCAGUGGAGUUGUUAGCAAAAGAAGCAUGACAUGCACCUAAACUGCAGAGCCUCUGUAGUUAUCCUCCAUCAUGCUCCACCGGGCAAAAAUGCACAGACCGGCCGGCGCUGAUGAGGUAGGAGACACACAUGGCUGUUGUAAAGACUGAAAUGCAUAGAACUGAGAUGCUUAGAUCUGCCGUAUUGAUUGGCACUAUAUAUCGACCCCUUGUCACCGAUAUCCGAUCUAGCUUUUUGAGCCCAAUCUAGCCGAUAUCCGAUACCAGGAUCGGAUCGGUGCAUCCCGAGAAAGAAGAGUUGCGAGUCACAAGAAGAUGGGACUUGUGGUUGCAGAAGACCAACUGUGGUUAGAACUCUUCCUAAUUAUUUCUUUGGAUGGUCAGAAACUCCCAGUGUCUACUUCAUCCCUCUCUUGAUGAAUUAGAGAACGUGAGUGUGUGCAUGCCAUUUCCAUUUGCUGCUGAGUUUAUUAUGAUUCCCACUGGUUUGAUAACUAAUAUAAUAAACAUGUACUGAAUGAACAUA